AUGUAAUCUAUUCGUAAAUAGCGCAUGAAUAAAAUCAUGUAAGUUUAAGGAGAAGUUGGUUAACAUAAAGGUUAUAAAGCUAUAAAAAUUGUAUCAAAUGCUCAUGAACUACUUAGAAAGAGUAAAUCACUAACAAAUUUCAUUGGUGAACUAGCAAUUCAAGAUGUAAGUAAAAAACUGCUUCAAGAUUAAUUCAACUCUAUCAAAAGUUAUGACAUUCCAAAAUGUGAAGAUAAACCAGGUAUUCAAUUCAAAUCAGUUCACAGCAUGUAUGACCUUUAAGCAUUAAAAAUGACAAAGUUAUACAAAAAAAAUGAAAGAAAUGAGAUUGAAAAGUAAGUUAGAUCACAAUUAGCUAAAGAGCCAGAUAAAUAAUUACUUCUAUCUGAAAUAUAUGAACAAUUGGAAGACAAUUCUGAUGGUGAAGUUCUUAAAAAGAAAUAAAAGAUUAAAGAAGAAUCAUUAGCUACUCAGUCUAAAGAAUAUGAUGAUUCUAAAGAUCAAUUAACUGAUCUCAAAUAAUGGACAAAAAAAAUGAAGGAAUAAAAGAAGAAGUUAUAAAAUAAAAAAGAAGAAAAUGAAGUAGUAAUACCUUCAAGAAGUAAAGAAAGAGCUUAAACUGAAAUAAAAAAACCUUUAGUACGUUAAUAAGGAACAAGACAUUUAUAAAUUAAUAAAUCUAAUUCCCCUACUAAUUCUUAAGAUACCCCUAAAUCUUAUAAGGAUAUUAUGAAAAAUGCAAUAUCUAAAGCUAAAUAACUUAAAAGCUUAAGUCAAGAUUUAAGUGUUGAGAGAUCUAUUGAAUAAUAUCUUUAAAAAGCCUCUACAGUAGCAUUAAAUGAAUUAAAAGAGAUCGGAGAAUUAAAUGUUGAUGAAGAAUAAGGUCUUUCAACUAAUUUCGAUUUUACGAAUGAAGAUAUUUAAAGAAUGUACAAUACCCUUAUAAAAGUAUAAAUGUCUUAAUUUAAAUCAGAAGCAGAAAAAGCUAAAUUUUAUAAAAAAUAAACUUAAUUAAUAGCAAAUAAGUUAAUUUAAAAAGUUAAACAAAAUGAAUCAAUUAUUGAUGCAAGAGUUACAGCUUAAGAAAAACUUAGAUUAGAAACUCAUGAUUUUUAUGAUAAAAUUACUUAAAUCAAAUAGUUAUCAUAAUAAUUGCAACAAGAAAUUCAAGAUAUGAAAGAUCCAAAAUUAUCAAAUGGUAUAUAAAUGAAUAAAUCUCGUAUGUCUUUAGUCAACUAAUUAAUGAGUUAAUAAAAUAAAGAAAAAGAAUUAUUAUAAGAUUUACAUGUUUUAAAAGAGAGUCGUAUAGCAUAUAAGCACAAAAUAGUUUUUAAUAAGAGAACUUUAGAAUAAAUAGAUUAGGAUAUUUAAAUUAAAAAAAAGGAAAAUAAAAAUUUAAAAAAAUGUCUUAUCAAUUUCUAUUUUUAAGUUUUAAAAAAUGGUUAAGAUGUUAGAAACACAGGAAUAGCAUGGGUAAUAUCAAGAUUAAAUUCUUUAAAUGAGAAAUCUACAAAUCAAAGUUUUCCAGAAUAUUUAGACUAAAAAGCAAAAGAAUAUUUACUAUAAGUAUAAUUAAUAUAUAAUAAAGAAAGCAACUAUGUUAUAAGAAAUAGAACAGUUAGAAAAAGAAUUAAGUGAAUCCUUUAAAUAAUAUAAAUAAGAAUAAUCCCUCGAUAAUAGUUUAGCAAUUUUACAGCAAAGCAUAUCUCAUAAUGAUUCUUUAGAGAUAUCAUCCUUACCUUCUAUAUUUCCUUAUGAUAGUAAUAAAAUAUCAGCCAUAGAUCUGACAUAGGCAAGAUAAGAAGCAACUAAAAGUAGUCGAAAUACUUAUUAACUUGAUAAAUUAGGUCCAAUCACUUUAGGUUUAACAAAUGAAGAUCUUGAGAACUUAGAAAAUAUGUUAGCAAGAUUAAAUUAAAAAAAUUUACCUAUAACAAAUGGGACUCUUAUUUAUAGAGAAACUCAAAAAAAAAUAAAGCAGCAUCUAAAAUAAUAAGGAUCUAUGGAUGUUUCUCAAAUUAAUGAUUCAUCAACUAUAUUAAAAGAAUAAGCGAUACAUUCUUAUGAUAAAUGCAAUUCUUAAUUAAAUAAGAUAAAAAUAAAAGUAUAUCUUAAAAUAAAUAAAGCUUUUACAUUUAGAUGAUGAAUAGGUAACUAGAAUAAUGAAAGAAUUUGACUAUAAAAAUUAUAGUAAACGAUUUAGCAUAGAUCCAAUAACUGUAAUAUCUUGUUUAGUUGGAGGAGCAAGAUGUGAUAGAGAGAUUGUUAAAUAAGGAAUGAAGAAAACUCAUUAUGAUUGA